AUGCUAGUUAAGGAAAUCGCUAGCAGAUGCGUUGGAGCACACAUGAUGAUUACUGCUUCAAUUGGAAUAUUGGUAAAUGUAUACAUGUUUCGGCACUUUAAGAAUAGAAAAUCCAGUUUUUAUAUUCUAUGUGCUUCAAAAACAAUUUCUAAUACACUCGAGUCAAUGAUAUAUUUGAUUUUCGUGGGGCCUAUACAUGCCUUCUACACCUCAAUUGGCUCUGCAAAACUCAGUAAAUACCUCAACCAGGCUAUGGGAUUUGGAAUAUACUUGCAAGGACCCAUGAUGAAAACCACUAAUCGAUUUCUAGUGGUAUGCUUCUUCCCAACCAAUGUCCCUAGAAACAGUACCAAGAUUACUGUAGCUGCUCUGUUACUCUCCUGGAUCUUUACAGCCUGGUUUUCAACUUUAAUUGGCAUGCCAAAAAAGUGCCUAGUUCCAUUUAGUUUCGAGCACGUCAGCAUGCAUAGUACGGCUUGUAAUAAUCAACUUACAGUUAUUAUGAUUUCCGCUGUUUUUUGCAUAGCGGUGUGCACCAAUUUAAUGAAUUCCUGGAUUGCAAUCAAGUUGAUUUGUUUUUCCAUCAUCGAAUAUGAUAUGAUAUCCACGUCAACAGCAAAUAGCCGCCGCAAAAGUCGAAUAUACUUCUUUAUCCAGUCAUGUUUCCAAGAUUGGAUACAUUUGAUAGUUAUCGCAAAUAAUUUUCUAUCAUUCUAUUAUUGUUCUGAUUUUGUUUGCACCACCUUGGCAUCAAUGGGUUUAGAUGUGACAGUUUGUUUGACGGAUGGAUUCUUAAUGUACAUCUUCAACUGCUGGCUCCACUCUGAUAAAAAAAUCUAA